AUGCCACUCGACAAGAAAACAGACCUCGACAUAUCCGACACCUCUCUCUACCGUGUCAUCGUCGACAAAGCCGCCGACACAACUCGCAUUCUGGUCGCUUACCGGUCCAUAACCUUACUCCCCUCCCACCUCUCCGGCGCGGGUAUAGUCCCGCCAGAGGGCUCCGUCCGUCUCCCGCUCGCCAUCGCCGGGGCAUACACAACCAAACACAUCCGUCUGCACGUCGAGAACCUCUACCUCGUGGCAGGCAGCACCUUUGAGUUCCCUGGCAAGACGGUUAUCAUCACCGCCAACCGGGUAGUUCUGUUCUCGUCGACUGCAGUCACUGCAGGUGCAGGUGACAAUGUCAUCUUCGACUGCACGGGCGCCAGCGGGGCGAGUGUUACGGCCGUCGGCACCGCUGGCAACAACGGAGAAAAAGGCAAAGAGGACCACAGAUAUGAGAUGUACGCUAUGUCGGGCAUCACGGAGACGAUUUUCAGACCCAGCGCCAAACCCACGGGCGGCGGCAACGGGACCAACGGCGGGGACUGUAGCAGCAGUGGACAGCCCGCUGGGACGUUUGUUCUCAAUGCUAGGUCUGUCACGCUGCUUCCGUACGACGGCCAGAAUCCCAAUCGCCACUUGGAAAUCGUGAUCAAGAGUGCUGGAGGGUCUGGCGGGCGGGGUGGUAAUGGAGGGGCUGGCGGAAGUGGCGGCAACGGAGCUAUUGUCCCGUCGGAAGAGACCGUGAAGCAUUAUGGUUCAGUCAGCACAGAGAAGGGCGCGAGUGUUGACGGCGCCACGGGCGGAAAUGGAGGGUCAGGUGGGAAAGGAGCAAACGGUGGCGCCGGAGGUCUCAUUCUCAGCCUUGUUGGACCGUCGGCCGGGCAACUGGAGGAUGCUAACUCCGGAGCAUCACUUGUCAAGAAGGAUGUCAGUGGAGGGAAAGGAGGCGAGGGCGGUAGUGGUGGUGCAAGAGGAAGUGGUGGAAACGGCGGUAGCGUCAGAAACCAGGAAAACGGCAAGAAAGGCAGCGAUGGCGGGGAAGGCCAGCACGGAGCCAACGGACAGCCAGGGGCGGACGGGCAUGUCGUCGGUCAGGUUGUCGGUGACAAAGGUGCUGAGCUUCUCCAGUACGAAAAGGCCUUGGCUGAAGAAUGUCGGGCCGAAACCCUGGACGUGGUCCAACUGACCAUGACGAUGGAGCGCCUCAUGUUCGAGUAUUCUAUUCUCCUCAGUGGGUAUGCUGUCACUCCCGACAACACGGAAGACACCGCAACGCUGGAACCGUUGAAAAAAGCAUUUCAAGAGACCUUUGACUGGUUGAUGUGCUGCUUCGACGAUAUUCUCAGCCUGUCGAACCAGGGCUCUUCAUACGCUUUGCCUGAUGCCCAUGGAUCAGCGCCAUACGCAACCAGUGCGGCAUAUCAGGAAUUUCUGGCUUACCAGAAAAAGGGCUGGAAAAACUCCGUGGACAUCCGAUCCGGGUUCCUGCAAGUCUUUGUGGCCUUUUGUUCUCGUUGCUCGACUCCUCAGGAGCGAGAUCUCUAUGGCCAAGACGUCAAGUUUAUCUCUCAACCGAACAUCCACCUCACCACGGUGGGCGAGGCACUCACAGCCCUCGAAUCCAUUGAGGGAUCUUAUAAGGAAUGCCUGAAUGAAAUUGGGAAAGCCAUUGGCCAGAAGGAGGCCAGGAGCAAGUCAGAAGCCCAACUCACCGAUGCUGUGAACGAUGCUCAAAAGACCAUCGACGCCCUUCAGAAGUCCACAGCUAGUGGAUACGAGGCUGUUAAAUCCGCCCGCGAUGCCGUCCAGGAAGCUCGCAAGACUGUGCAACAAUCCGUUGAGAAGCUGUGGAAUGCACACAAGUGGGACAUUUCAUCUGAUUUGGGUCCCGUGUUGGAAGCCAUCGGCACGGUCUGCCUCUUCGCCCACCCAGGCGUCGGAACCGCUUUCAAACUCGGCGGUGCCCUGACGAUCGGUAUGGGUCUAAACAAACUGGGUUCCAGCAUAUCUACACCACAAGGAGCCGUAUCCAAGGAUGCGUUGCACGGCAAAGUGCUGGUGGUAGAGAACACUCUUGUCUCGACCGCCCUCAAGGAGGACAUUACCCAAAAGACCGCCUCGUUGCAGCAGCUCUCUGGCAUUGAUAAAGAGUACGUCAAACUCGGUGAUGGUAACCGCAAAAACUUUGAGGAGUUGGUCAACACCUACUUCGUGGACGCUUCUCAACACGGCGUCACACCAGAGGAGGUGAAACAAGCCCGCAAAGAUUUCGACUUCUACAUGGAAGUGGUGCAGAAAUUCCACGCAGCCGUCACCUCGUACAACGACACCUUCACCUCGCUCGCGCAGGCAGCGGCCACCAAAGCGCAAGCCGAGCACGGGAAAGCGAAGCUGCAAGUGACCAACUUCUCCGCCGACAUUCCCGCGCUCGAUCUCUUGACCACGCUGUACAGCUCGCUCCAUCACGCCGCCAAGCUCGAGACUCUGCGCAUUCUGUUUGACGCUUCCAGGGCAGCUAGCUGCGUCUUCUUGCGCCGAUGCGACCUCCUCCGCCAGCUGUUCCCUCUCGGAAGCUGGUCCAACGUCAGCGCCAAGCUCUUGCGCGACGCAACUGUCCCGGCCUUGUGCCGUCAAGUGGCCGACUACCAGAGUUCCUUCAACACCAAGCCCCCUAUUCACAUCGGGGGAAGGACCAUCUCCAUCUCCAAAACGGGCCCGCACAAAGACCUUGUCGAGCGGUUCCGCGACACUAGACGUCUGAGCUUGUUUCUAGAUGACGCCUCCGCCACGGGAGCCUAUGACUUCGACAUCAACUGGUACGACAUCCGCCUCGAAGACCUCCAGAUCUACUUCCACGGAGCGAAGAACACGCGGGCACAGCCGAACGUCGACACGCGGAUCAUCGACGUGGAGGUGCAGCUCGGCGGGGUGUUCUUCGUGCACGACGAGAAGUAUCGCCAGUACACGUUCGAGGUGCCACAGACGGACGUGACGUUCGAGUACAAGUACGGUGACGAGGCGGGCAGGGAGGACCUGGAGCCCAAGUCCAAGGGCGGGAUCAACAGCGCGUUAACCAAGUUCAGCUUUGCGCUGGGACAGGUCCAUGACGUGAGUCUGGAUUUCAAGACGCCGGUGAGGAGUCCGUAUAUGCAUUAUGUGUUUACUGUCGGGGACCAUGUCGAUGUUAAGGACGUGGAUGAGAUUGAGAUCAAGAUGGACUUGAGAGUGAGGACGGGUCAGAGGCCGAAGGGGUUCAAGGUUGGGUCGGUGGUUGUUACGCCGUCGGCGUUUUCUGUGCUUGGUUGA